AUGACGGCCCUUAAUUCUCCUCCUCCCAACCGGAACCAAGCCCUCCUCCGCUCCUCCUCCUCGGAAUAUAAUCCCUCGUCUCGAAAGCGCUUCACGGAGGUGGCAGGCGGUGCAACAGCAGAAUGUGCAGCCGUUGCAUGCUGCUGUCCGUGCGGCAUUUUGAACAUGCUCGUCUUGGUUAUGUACAAGCUUCCUGCAGGCCUCUUUCGCAAGGCCUUGAGGCAUAAGAGGCGAAGGCGGAUCAUGAAGAAGGCGGGAUUGCUUUCAGCCCCUAAUUUGGGUAAAUGUGAUUGCAAGGAGGCUGAAAUUUUUACCAUGACGAGUAUUGAUCAGGAGGUGAUGGUCAAGCCUAUUACGACGGACGAUGAUGUUUUGGAUUUUUACAAGGACGAGGGUAUGAUGAAAGUGGAGAAGGAAAUGUGGGAUCAGUUUUGUCAGACUGGUUUCUGGAGGAAUCCGUCUCAGAGGCUCGUGUUUUAG